GACGGUGUUUAUCGUGGUACAAAGUUAGUUAAUCUAAAGUCCAUUGCUGAUCAAGCCUUGGUUAAAAGCCAAGAAAUGUAAGAUUCACUAACCAAGGCUGUUUUUUUUCGCUCUGUCCUAAUUGCGCAAAGCGUGAUUUCAGUUGUGCAAUCGUGACAAUCGUCAGAGCAAGUGCAUUUCCAUCUCUGAGAUCGCGGGUUCAAUUCUCGCUGCGGACUCAUAACACUUUGUAAAAAAUGUCAGUCAACGCUCUACCGCAAGUCGUGGGUUUUCUCUGGGUACUCCGGUUUCCUCCCCCAGAGAAUCUCGACAGGGUGGGUUGGGAUUAACCCCUAACUGACCCUUCUACCAUGGCUGUGUUCCGUGAUGAGACAUGAGUGAUAAGGUGGCUGCCAGAGGCGUCCUUAGAAAGCCUUCGACUCAAUCAGGUUGAGCUGCGUCCUUCGUAACUCAGCUUAGCUCUCAGCUGCAAGUAAGGAUGAUUAGCACUCCUCGCGUACUUACUUAGCCUAGCUUUUUUAGACUUAUUUAGUGAUACUUUCAUGGCGUGUCUGGUGAAUACCAAAUGCGGUUAAAAACAGUGGCUUACAGACGACAAAGGGUCUUUGCUCAAAAUGUCAAAGGGUUUGUGUUUUUUUAAGUACAGUUACAUCUUGCACACAAACCAGCAGAUCCUAUUUCUUUUUUUCAUGCAGGGGACAUCCAGUACCGUUGUGUGUUGUAGUGAGACAUUUAGGAUCAUCUGAACCAAAUGGGGAUAAACACAGACCAGCACCAGAACGACCUUGUAACGUCCAGGUUUGUCCCUCACAUCUAUAUGUAAAAGCACUGGAUGUUAUAUCAGCGUUUAAAAUUUACAUUUCAUGCAAAUUUGCAUAAUAUGCAUGGUCAUAAGAUGAUUGUCACAGCUUUGUUUCACCGUUAUUCAGCCACCAUUCAAAAAGCUUUCAGAAAUUAUUGGGGUGGGGGCAAUUAUCUCCCGUCGGCCACUCCCCUAGCAUCCACCACCGAACAGUAUCCCCCAAACUACCCAUCUAUUAUAUACCAGAAACGUAAUGUGAUGAAAAUCUUGCUUAGAUAAAUUGGAACAACAGUGUGGAUGUCUGGUGGCAUGAGGAAAUGACUUCAGCCGAAAGAACAUGUGAACCUGAGUGGCUGGAUGCUGAAGACCCUUUGUUUAUGCUUUACACAAGGUAAAGCCUGGUUAUAACACCCUAAACACCGUCAAAGUUUCUGUGACAGGCUUAAGUCAGUCUAAGUUUCAUUACUCAAGAUGACGCAUUACUUUUAUUCUUGCAGUGGUUCAACAGGCAAGCCAAAAGGUGUUCUUCAUACAACUGCUGGAUACAUGUUAUACACUGCAACAACAUUUAAGUAAGUUGCAUCAUUUAAUCUUUUGUAACAUAUUUAGCAUUAUUCUUUAAUGUUAUUGAGCCUUAUAGACUAAGCUCUGUCCCCUUUGUUAUUUUGUUAUGUUUUAGGUAUGACUUUGAUUACCACCCUGGUGAAAUAUAUUGGUGUACUGCAGACAUUGGUUGGAUCACUGGUCACAGCUACAUCACGUAUGGACCAAUGGCAAAUGGUGCAACCAGCGUGAUGGUCAGUAUACGUGUCUCAACACUAUCUAAAGUAUCUUGAGUCAUAGUCAUAGUCAUAGUAGUCAUAGUCAUAGUCAUGGUAAUCAUAGUCGUAAUCAUAGCUUUAUAGUAAUUUGUAAUUUAAUUAAUUUGUAAAAAGGUAGAGUGCCUCGCAUGGGACUUCGAGUUCCGUUUGCACUCGUACCGUUUGGUGUGUCUUGUUUUACUGUCCAUUGUGUCCAAUAAAGUUUACAAUAUAAAAAAUAUAUAAUUUGUUGUUUAGUUUGAAGGAACCCCGACAUAUCCAGACGCAAGCAGAAUGUGGGCAAUAUGUGAGAAGUAUAAAGUAUCGAAAUUCUACACCGCUCCAACUGCCAUCAGGUCACUCAUGAGGUUUGGAAAGGAACCGGUGGAAAAGUAAGUCAGAUAAAAUUAUAUUGGUUGAUUCCAUUCUCAACUGAGAUGGAUUUCAUGAUCAUCUUGAACGGUUGUCAUCAUUUCUUCAAUGUUCGCAGACACAAUCGUGAUUCAUUAAAAGUCCUGGCUACAGUUGGAGAACCAAUCAAUCCUGAAGCGUGGUUGUGGUAUCGUGAUGUCGUCGGCAACAAACGAUGUCCUGUCGUUGAUACUUACUGGCAGACUGAGACGGUAAGGGGAGGAUAUACAGUUUAGGCGCUGUGUUCAUAUGGAGCUGGCCUGGCCUGGUUAACUGGGAUGAUUGGUUUAAUACUUUGAACGCGAUCCAAACAAUUUUGAGAAAUUACAAAAUGCCUAUUUUGAGUAUCAUUUGCUGUAUUGUGCGGAAUUUACGUAAUGUUUCGGCAAAAUAUCAAAACAUUUUUAUAUUGUGCGGAUUCGAAGGAAUUUGAAGUAAAUUUUUGUUAUAUUCCGCUAAUUUCGGACAACCCUAUUGCUGGCCAGUUGGAAUAUCUAAAAAAUGCUAACGGAUAGGGUUGUCAGAAUUUCGGACAACCCUAUUGCUGCCCAGCAUAGUACUUGUGAAACGUCUUGAUGAGAACAUUCGUAUUCUUCAACAAUUUAAAAUAGAUGAAUGAUAUUUGGUGAGAAAAUUGAACUUAAAGUUUAUGUAAAUCAGCAUGGUUUUGUAUCAGAUAUACAAACUCCUUCACGCUCAUGAUUUCGUUCGUGUUUUCUUCAUGAAUUAUCAAUGUGUUUCACAAUAUGUUAUAUACAGGGUGGACACGUGAUCACAUCUCUUCCUGGUGCGACGCCAAUGAAACCUGGAUCUGCUGUAAGUCCAUAGCUUUUGCGUGAUCAUGUGAUCGUAUUCUGCUUCUUGAUUGGACAACAACCUCGAUUUUCAAUGAUUUUCUAGACUUUCCCGUUCUUCGGAAUUGUGCCAGCAAUUGUCGACAAAGAUGGAAAGGAGUUAGAGGGAGCUUGUGAAGGAGUUCUGGUAGGAAUUUUGGAAACGUUUUUAUUGCCCCCCGUCCAAACAUUGUCUUCUAGUUCUAAUAUCGGCUAAGGAUGUACAGUUUCUGGUAAACAGACCACUUUCAUAACACAAAUGGUUUAAAUAUUCGUGUUCAAUUUCAAAAAAAUCUGUUCAAUUUCAGUCACAAAAAUGAGGUCAAGAUGGGUUAUGAAGAUGUACAUAAAAGAAUAUUUAAACCUAUCAGUAUUGGGAUAUACAUUGUCUGUUCUAUACAUUGUCGUUUCGCAUAUGAAACUUUCAUGUUUGUCAAAAGCUUUAGACAAUCUGAUCAGCCAAUGACGUUUACCUAGCCUCGUGUUGAUUGGCUGAUCUAGUUGAAACAUUAAAUUCAGUUCCCUCAAACAUUUCUUACAAAUCCUUCAAAACUUAGAAUUUACCAAUGCAAGAUUCGUGCUUGUGAUCACAGAAACUUUGAAAAGAUUUGAAAGAUUUCUACAUCGGAAAGCAGUUAUAUAAUAGUGUUCUUCUGUUGUGGUUUUUGUUCAGGUGUUAAAGCAACCCUGGCCAGGCAUGAUGAGAACAAUUUAUGGAGAUCACGCUCGCUUUGAGAGCGUUUACUUCAAGAAAUUCCCUGGAUAUUAUUACACUGGAGACGGUACGAUGAUGCAUGAGAAGCCUUGAAGCUAAACUAACUUUAUACUGGAUAGCUCUAUCAGUUCUUAACUGUUCUUCCUAGAGGUCCAGUAAGGAUAAUCUCUUAUUGAUCCAGUGUUACUACAGGAGGAAACCUAAACUAAACUCAACUAACUUUAUACUGGAUAGCUCUAUCAGUUCUUAACUGUUCUUCCUAGAGAUCCAGUAAGGAUCAUCUCUUUCAUCUCUUAUUGAUCCAGUGUUACUACAGGAGGAAACCUAAACGAAACCAACUUUAUUUAUACUGGAUAGCUCUAUCAGUUCUAAACCGUUCUCCCUAGAGGUCCAGUAAGGAUCAUUUCUUAUUGAUCCAGUAUUGCUACAGGAGGAAACCUAAACUAAACUAACUUUAUUUAUACUGGAUAGCUCUAUCAGUUCUAAACUGUUCUCCCUAGAGGUCCAGUAAGGAUCAUUUCUUAUUGAUCCAGUGUUACUACAGGAGGAAACCUAAACUAACUUUAUUUAUACUGGAUACCUUUAUCAGUUCUAAACUGUUCUUCCUAGAGGUCCAGUGAGGAUCAUCUCUUAUUGAUCCAGUGUUACUAUACUAUAUAGAGUGUGUCUCAUACGAACGUAGUCUAAAUUAUGCAAUCAUCUUGUUUUACAGAGUGUAAGCGGGAUAAGGAUGGAUACUAUUGGAUAGUAGGUCGUGUUGAUGAUUGUAUGAAUGUGUCGGGACAUUUAUUGAGUACAGCUGAGAUAGAGAGUGCUCUUGUUGAACACGGCGCUGUCUCUGAAGCUGCUGUGGUAAAUAUUACUGCCUUAUUUUAUUGACAACUAACCCUAAAAAUGUUCUCAGAGGAAAACGGUCAGGACGUUUAUGUUGUGCUUGUAAUUUAUUUAGGUUGGUUAUCAACAUGCAAUCAAAGGCGUUGGGAUAUUUUGUUAUACAACGUUAAUGGAGGUAUUACCGAGCUUAUGUUUUUUUCAUAUGUGUUUUGAAGCUUGCCAUAAACUGACACAAGCACAUCUGACGUUCGGGUUGACAAAAACGCUAUUGUAUCAGUGAGGGAAUGGGGCAAUUGCCUCACGCCCCACAACUAAUUUCUGAAAGCUAUUCAAUGAUAUAGCUGAUGAGUUGUGUCAUAAGCUCUACUAAUGAUUUAGAACUAGAAAAGCCACAGGGUCGUCCAUUUAGUAUGUACAAAUAGUACAAUGUAUAAUUUCUCUUGUUCAUUGCGUGCAAAGAGGGUGGAGGUGGUAAGAUUUUUGCGUGCAUACAAAAUGGAUCUUAGUUAUUUUCAAUCAUAAUUUUUCACUUCAGGGAUUUGAAUUUACCAAUGACUUGGUGAAGGAGCUGAAAGAUAAAGGUGUGUGGUUGAUUAACAAAUACUCUUCAAACGUUCUGUUCUAUCGAGCAAGGUGCCCAUGUGUAUAUACAAUUCGAGUGAACUGUAUCAAUGGAACAAGAUAUCAAUCUUGUAAUGUCGGAGUCCUUAACGCCUGUAUUCUAAAAGCUCACUCACACUCAAUGAGUGGAGGUUGAAUCUGAGCUUCCCUUGAGUGUCAGUGCUGUUUUUAAAUAGCUGGAGGGUGAGUAGUCACAUAGUAAGGUAUGAAACUAGCCCUCCAGCUAUUCAAAAACAGCAUUGAUACUCAAAGGAAGCUCAGAUUGAACCUCCACUCAUUGAGUGUGAGUGAGCUUUUAGAAUACGGGCGUAAGGCUCAUUUACCCUUGCAACGCUAGACGAUUUGACUUUUCAAAGGGGAGAGGGAGAACGCUUUCGCUCAAUGUGUUAACUCGAAAUAUACAUUGGAAUAAUAAUGUGUACUCAAAUGUGACCAUUCUUUCCUUCUUAGUUCGUGAAAAGAUUGGACCAAUAGCGACGCCGGAUGUUGUACAGUAUGCCCCAGGCCUUCCUAAGACUCGCUCGGGUAAGAUCAUGCGACGUGUGUUACGCGAACUGGCGCAAGGUAACUCAUCAUUUGGUGAUCAAACCACCCUCGCUGACCCCAGUGUCGUCGACACUUUACUCAAACUUAGACCUCAAAAUAUCCCGGGGAUGUAGGGUUCUUUGAGGUCUUUUGUGGAUGCUUAGGAUUUGUUAUGGAUAUUUAGGAUUAGUUAUGGAUAUUUCUAUUCAGCGAGAUAUAUAUCGCCAAACCGCGAUUCUUAUAGGUACAUUCUUAACAUUUUAGAACUAAAUCAAUUUUAAGUCACAUUUUUACCAUCACUAGUAGAAAUCAUUACGUUUGCAAUUAUUUUAAAAUAUUGCUGGACACUUCAUGAAAUAUUGGGAGAUUUGCGUCAACAUUCAGGCCUCCUUACAGUGUUGUAACUUU